GCUAUAACGGCUUCGGGUCUACAGCACCUCACCAGUCCUCUCGAUACUCCGAAUAUGGCUUACUAAAGUCGAAUUUAUUUGUGAAAUUAUCUGCAGAUUUUACGCAAUGGCAACUGAUAAAUAUAUUCCCACUGAUGUAGAUAAAAAGCAGGUUGAUAAUAAUGGAAAUGAGAAAUUUAUAGCUGCUAUUGAUCAAGGUACAAGUAGUUCAAGAGUGAUUAUAUUUUCAAUCAACAAUGGAAGUAUAAUAGCUAUGCAUCAAAUAAGUGUAACACAAAGUUAUCCGUCACCUGGAUGGAUUGAAAUGGAUGCUAAUCAGAUUUAUACAACAAUUCUAGAAUGUUUAAAUAAAUGUGUGGAACAAUUAAAAUCAGUAGAUAGAAGUGUUAAAGAUAUUAUUGGUGUUGGGAUUACAAAUCAACGUGAAACAACAAUUGCAUGGAAUAGUGAAACAGGUGAACCAUUAGCUCCAGCUAUUGUGUGGUCUGACGCAAGAACUGCUGAUGAUGUUAUAAAAUUUACACAAAUGGCGCCUGGUAAUAAAUCGAAUGCUUUUCAGCAUAUUACAGGUUUACCGAUACAUAGUUAUUUCUCAGCUUUAAAAAUGAAUUGGUUACUAAAUAAUGUAAAGUCAGUGGUUAAAGCAGAUGAAGAAAAUAAAUUAUUAUUUGGCACAGUUGAUUCAUGGCUGAUAUGGAAACUAACUAGUCAGAUGUACCAUGUUACUGAUGUGACGAAUGCAAGCCGUACACUACUAUUUAAUUUGAAUACAUUGGAGUGGGAUCAUGAUCUAUGCCAAUUUUUUCAUAUUAAUCCACGUACACUUCCGAAAAUAGUAACAUCAUCUGAAUUAAUCGGUGUUAUUCAAGAUUCAAAAUGUUUAAUGAAAGGCGUUCCUAUUUAUGGGAUAUUAGGUGAUCAACAAGCAUCACUUGUUGCACAAACAUGGGGACUGUCCAGUUCUGCAGAUGAAAAUAAUUUACCAGAUAAAUCCAGGGUUAAAGUAACGUAUGGAACUGGAGCAUUUAUGCUAUGGAAUAUUGGUUGUCAACCAUAUUUUUCAGAUAAAGGUGUUCUAACCACAAUAGCUUAUAAAAUGGGUUCAAAAGGAAAACCAUAUUAUGCUUUGGAGGGUGCUAUAUCAUUUUCUGGGGCUACAAUGAGAUGGUUAAAAACAAAACUUGGCGUGUUUAAAGAUGAUGCAGAAUGUGAGAAAUUGUCUGCUUCAGUAUACAGAAAACAAAGAUUUAAUGAGCCAGAUCCAUGCUAUUUAGUUCCAGCAUUUAGUGGUCUUUUCUGUCCAUGGUGGCAAGAAAGUGCACGUUGUGUCAUUUGUGGAAUCACAGCGAAUGUUGAUAAAUCUGAUCUUGUUUAUGCUGGCUUAAGAUCAUCCGUUUAUCAAACAUAUGAUGUUCUCUUUGUGGCUACUUUAGCUAAAGCUAAUAAUAAAUGCAAUUCAAUAGUCCCAUUAAUGGCAUUAAAAAAACCAAAUGAAAUUAUUGUUGAUGGUGGAAUGUCCAAUAGUGACAUUCUUAUGCAAAGUUUAGCUGACAUUUUGAAUGUAACUGUUCGACGUCAUAAUCAUUCUGAUGUUAUGACUGCAUUAGGUGCGGCAAUUACUGUGGCAUUAGCACUGGAUAUUAAUCCAACUGGAUUGUUAAAAAUUCGAGAAUAUUCGACUAAUAAACCAGAUGAAUAUCAGUCAACAUUUUAUUCAAAAAUUAAUUCAAAUGAUCGCGCCGUUAAAUUAUACGGUUGGCAUGAAUCAGUUAAACGAAGUUUAAACUGGAUAUCGAAUAAAUCAAUAAGUGAAUCACAGAAUACACUUUUCGAUUUAUUGGACCAUAUCUGUAAUGAGCAACAUGAAGAUGAGAAGAAAAUUAAAGAAAAUCAGUGUCCAUUGAAUUCAUCACAAAAAAUAUCGUUUGGUUUAACAGUUAUUGGUGUAUUUUUACUUGGACUGUUGGUUGGUCAGAGAAUUAAAUGAUCUGUUUACGUCAUAUUUUAUCAUAUAUAUAUAUAUAUAUAUAUAUGAGAGGCGAUGAUUUUAACUUAAUUUCAGAACGAACUAUCUUAUUAUCAGUCAUUUUAUCUAUUUAAUAAAAUAUACUUAAAUAAUCUUCAUAUGAUAUUUUUGUAUACGGUUUGUCUCCAUAUUUCUUGUCUUGAAAAAAAUUUUGCAGUGGAA